AAGAUAAUUUUGGUGGCUUUUUUUUGGGGGGGGUUGUUUUUCCUGCGAAGAGGAAGCCCAGCGGAGCUAAACGAAUGUCCCCUCAUCUCCAAAGGAAAGUUCUCCGGGUGUUUCUGCUUCAGAGCCCGCCUUCAGGAUGUCAGUGAACAACAUUUCGGCUGCAGGCAAAGGUGUGGAUCCAAACGCGGUUGAUACCUAUGACAGUGGCGAUGAUUGGGAAAUCGGGGUUGGGAAUCUGAUCAUUGAUCUGGACGCUGAUUUGGAAAAGGACCGACAGAAAUUUGAGAUGAAUAACUCGGCCGGCACCGCGGGCGGCAGCAACUCCCGGGAUUGCGGCGCUGCGGCCUCUGCUGCCGGGGCCGGGGCCCCCGCCGCCUUAGCCGAAGGCCUGAAAUUUGCUUCUGUGCAGCCCUCGGCUCCCCAGGGGAAUUCGCACAAAGAGACCAGCAAAUCAAAAGUGAAAAGGAGUAAAACUUCUAAGGAUGCCAAUAAAUCUCUGCCUUCUGCUGCCUUGUAUGGGAUUCCCGAGAUCAGCAGCGCUGGCAAGAGGCAGGAAGUCCAAGCGCGCCCUGGAGAGGCGGCUGGCAUGAAUUCAGCGCUGGGUCAGAGCGGCAGCGGCGGCGGUAGUGGUGGCGGCGGCGGCCCCAGCAACAACGGCCCCGGUCCCGGUCCCGGCCCCGGCGUCCCUGCCGCUGCUGCUGCCUCUGCGGCCACCGCGGGCUCGUGCGCCAAGGGCCGGGACGAGAAGCCAGCCAAGAGCCAGGGCAGCCGAGGCGCCAAGCGAGACAAGGAGACGGGCAAAUCCAGGAAGGACAAGCACGAUCUGUUGCAGGGUCACCCGAACGGCGGGGGCGGCCAGGCCCCAUCCGGGGGGCACCUCUAUGGCUUUGGGGCCAAGAGCAAUGCAGGUGGUGCGAGCCCCUUCCACUGCGGGGGUGCUGGGAGUGGUGGUGCCGGCGCUGCCGCCGCCGCCAGCGGGGAAGUUAACAAAAGUGCCACGGAUUCGGGACUCAUGGGAGGAAACUCUGUGUUGGUAAAGAAGGAGGAGGAGGACGACGAGAGCCACAGGAGGAUCAAGAAACUGAAAACCGAGAAGGUUGACUCCCUGUUCACAGUGCCAGCGCCACCACCGCCGAUUGCCAGCAACCUCACGCCUCAGCUUCUGCCUUCCUACUUCCCCCCAUCUUCAUCCAAUAUUGCAGCACCGGUUGAACAGCUUUUGGUUCGGACUCGGUCCGUGGGUGUCAAUACGUGUGAAGUCGGAGUAGUGACAGAGCCAGAGUGUCUGGGGCCCUGUGAACCUGGGACCAGUGUGAAUUUGGAAGGGAUCGUAUGGCAUGAAACAGAAGAAGGUGUCCUAGUGGUCAAUGUCACGUGGAGGAACAAGACUUACGUAGGGACCCUUCUGGACUGCACCAAGCACGACUGGGCUCCCCCCAGGUUCUGUGAGUCACCGACCAGUGACCUGGAGAUGAGGGGGGGCCGGGGCCGAGGGAAGAGAGCGAGGUCCGCGGCUGCGGCACCCGGCUCCGAGGCCGGCUUCACUGAGUCCCGGGGCUUGCCGAGCAAGAACCGAGGCGGGGCCAAUGGCAAAGGGAGGCGGGGCAGCCUCAACGCAAGCGGCCGGAGGACGCCCCCAAACUGUGCCGCCGAGGACAUCAAGGCCAGCCCUUCGGCUACCGCCAAGAGGAAGAACAAGCCCCCCAUGGAGCUGGACCUCAACUCCAGCUCGGAGGACAGCAAGCCCGGGAAGCGCGUGCGCACCAACUCCAGAAGCACGCCCACCACGCCCCAGGGGAAGCCCGAGGCCACCUUUCUCGACCAAGGCUGCGCCUCCCCAGUGCUCAUCGAUUGUCCCCACCCCAAUUGCAACAAGAAGUACAAGCACAUCAAUGGCCUGCGCUACCACCAGGCCCACGCGCACCUGGACCCAGAGAACAAGCUGGAGUUUGAGCCCGACAGCGAGGACAAGGUCUCGGACUGCGAGGAGGCCCUCAGCAACGUGGCCCUGGAGUGCUGUGAGCCCAGCGGCGGCAUGGCAACCUACAACCAGGCCAAGGCUCCUGCGUCCCCUGGGGCCAGCAACCCCCCUGGCACCCCCAAGGGGAAGAGGGAGCUGCUGAGCAACGGGCCGGCUGCAGCGAUGGGUUCCAAGGCGGGGAAGAAUUCAGGCAAAAAGAAGGGCCUUAACACCGACCUCAGCAACCUGCCAGUGAUCUCCAACAUGACUGCCACGCUGGACGGCUGCUCGGCAGCGGCAGCUGAUGGCAGCUUGGCUGCAGAGAUGCCCAAACUGGAAGCAGAGGGCUUGAUUGACAAGAAGACUCUGGGGGAGAAAGAAAAGGGCAGGAAAGGCACCAACUGCAAAAUGGACAAGAACCUGUCCAAGCUCAAGGGCGCCCGGCCCAUCGCCCCGGCACCUGCUCCCACGCCGCCACAGCUCAUUGCCAUCCCCACCGCGGCCUUCACUGCCACCACCACAGGAACCAUGCCUGGCCUGUCCUCCCUCACCACCACCGUCGUCCAGGCCACACCAAAGAGCCCCCCGUUGAAGCCCAUCCAGCCAAAGCCCACCAUCAUGGGGGAGCCGCUCACAGUGAACCCGGCCCUGGUGUCCCUCAAAGACAAGAAGAAAAAGGAAAAGCGGAAGCUCAAGGACAAAGAAGGCAAGGAGACGGGGAGCCCAAAAACGGACGCCAAGCUGGGCAAGCUGGACGACCCCAAGGGCGCGGCGGGCAAGGAUGUGGCCGGGCACUUCCUGAAGGACCACCUCACCAAGGGGGAGGGCCUGGCCAACGGCCUGGCCGAGUCCCAGGAGAGCCGCAUGGCCAGCAUCAAGGCCGAGGCCGACAAGGUGUACACGUUCACCGACAAUGCCCCGAGCCCCUCCAUCGGCAGCGCUUCCAGGAUAGAGUGCAGCGCCCUGGUGAACGGCCAGGCAGCCCUGCCCACCCUGCACGUGCUCACCCAGAACGGGGCCGAGAGCUCCGUGGGGGCGGCUGCGGCCAAGACCAGCAGCCCCGCCUACUCGGAUAUCUCCGACGCGGCCGACGAUGGCGGCUCCGAUAGCCGGUCCGAGGGCAUGAGGUCCAAGGCCGGCUCCCCGUCGGAGCUCCUCUCGGGGAAGGACAGCGUGGUCAGAGCGCAUCCUGCCGCCGCCACCCAGGCGUCGCAGCUGAAGGAAUCGCACUCGCCCUAUUAUCAUGGCUACGACUCCUACUACUCUCCCAGCUACAUGCACCCGGCACAGGUGGGCACCCCCGCAGCCGGGAACGGUGCCGGCCCACAGGGGCUGAAGGUGAAAAAGGAGUGUGAGGAUGAGGCCGAGAAGAAGGACAAAGCAGAGCAGCUGGAGCCUAAGAAGGGGGAGCACAGCAGCACCCCUCUGCAGCCCCAGCACCAGUCCGUCAUCACACAGAGACACCCGGCGCUGGCCCAGUCCCUCUACUAUGGCCAGUACGCCUACGGGCUCUACAUGGACCAGAAAUCCCUGAUGGCCAGCAACCCUGCCUACAGACAGCAGUACGAGAAGUACUACGAGGACCAGAGGCUGGCCGAGCAGAAAAUGGCCCAGCCCGGGCGAGGAGACUGUGAGAGGAAACAUGAGCUCCCGUUGAAGGAGCUGGGCAAGGAGGACGGUAAACAGAAAAACGUGCCGUCGGCCACGGUCUCAAAAGCUCCCUCUACCCCAGAGCCUAACAAAAGCCAUUCUAAACUAGGGCCGUCAGUGGCUAAUAAAACUGAGGAGACAGGUAAAUCGCAGCUUCUCUCCAAAAACCAGCAGCAGCUUCAGGCCGACAGCUUCAAAGCUAAGCAGAUGGAAAACCACCAGCUUAUUAAGGAGGCUGUAGAAAUGAAAUCUGUCAUGGACUCUAUGAAGCAGACAGGUGUAGACCCAACCUCGAGAUUUAAACAAGACCCAGAUUCAAGGACAUGGCACCAUUACGUAUACCAGCCCAAGUAUCUGGAGCAGCAGAAGCCCGAAGAACUUGAUAGAGAGAAGCGACUGAAGGAGGACAGUCCAAGGAAAACGCCCAAUAAGGAGGGCGCGGCACCCGGCCUUCCCGUGUCCUUGAGCAGCAUUAAAGAGGAGCCCAAGGAGGCCAGGCGCCCCGAUUCCCAGCCGAUGGAGGACAGCAAGCUCAAGAAUGAUGACCGGAAGACUCCUGUGAACUGGAAGGACUCUCGGGGCACCCGGGUGGCGGUGUCCUCCCCCAUGAGUCAGCAUCAGUCCUACAUCCAGUACCUGCACGCGUAUCCUUACCCACAGAUGUACGACCCCAGCCACCCCGCCUACCGGGCCGUCUCUCCCGUCCUCAUGCAUAGUUACCCCGGGGCCUAUCUGUCACCAGGAUUUCAUUAUCCUGUUUACGGGAAGAUGUCGGGGAGGGACGAGGCAGAGAAAGUCAACACCAGUCCCAGCCUUACCACGAAAACACCCACCGAAUCGAAAGCUCUGGAUUUGCUGCAGCAGCACGCCAGCCAGUACCGUAGCAAGUCGCCAGCGCCAGUGGAGAAGGCAGCAGCCGAGCGAGAGCGAGAGGCCGAGAGAGAACGAGAGCGCCACUCGCCCUUCAGCCAGCGCCACCUGCACACGCAUCACCACACCCACGUUGGCAUGGGGUACCCGCUAAUCCCUGGGCAGUACGACCCCUUUCAAGGCUUGACCUCUGCUGCCCUGGUUGCCUCCCAGCAGGUGGCUGCCCAGGCAUCUGCAUCAGGAAUGUUUCCUGCUCAGAGAAGAGAAUAACUGUCGUCGAAGUGUCCGUGGUCAUGUGACUGGAUCACAUGGGGAAAGCGCUUUAUACAGACAUCAGUUCCAUGGUGUUAAUCUGAAAUGCCUUAAUGGCAGGCAAAAACCAGUCAUUUCAUUUUUGUAAAUUACAGAUUUUAUCACAGAGUAACAAAUGUUGCUGUAAUUAAACUUCUGUUUUAUAUAUAUAUAUAUACGUAUACAUAUCUGUAUAUAUACAUAUAUAAAUAUAUAUAUAUACAUAUAUAUAUAUAUUCUUUACUUUUUGUAUGAGUAACCAGGCUCGCACACACAGGGUCUGCUGCCAGUCGCGAAGCGGUCGGUGAAGGAGGUUUGUAAAGGUGUACCUGGCCUGUUGCAGAGUGCUAGCUGCGAGAGGCUGCCCUAGCUUUCUUCUCUUCUCCUUUGCAAUUGUAAAUAGCUAAUGUUCCGUAUCCGUGUGCCUGAACCUUGCAUAUCCUUCAUCUCCCUGCCAUAAGCCCCCAGAAAGGCCAGCUGUGAUGACAACGACACUUUGGUACCAUGUAGGUGUGUACUUGGUGGCUCCUGUUAAAAACGCAUCAGUGUGACAUGUUGCUGUAGUCACUGUGUGUACUUGUGUAUCGUGGGAAAAAUACUUUUGGAAGGCAUGGGGUUGCCAGUACCACAAAAACUGUGUUGUAUAUAGAAUGUAAAGAUUAAAAAGGGGGAGACGAUGAGCAUCUGUGAAUAAUAAGGUGUCAUUUGUGGGCUAUCUCAAACUGCAGAUAACCCAAUAGCCUGUGUACCAGAGACGUCUGUGAUUGUUCUAUUACUUGAAUAGUCCUGCGGUCCUUUUUUUUGUUUUGUUUCGUUUUUAAUGUUUACAAUUAUCCAAUUUUAGAAGAGAGAUGUUAACGCCAUUGCCUGGUUACUUGUUUUAUGCUGUAAUCUAGUUUAUUUUAUGUAAAAUGUAUAUUGAAUGCUUUCCUUUUUUAUACCUGCCUUAAAUAAUUUGGCAAUCAGAAUUAAAAAGUUUUUUUUUUUUUAA